GAUGGCAACAGGUCCCAUGGGGGUGGGGACUCCCUCCCAAUCCUCAUCCCCAUCCCCAUCCCCGUUCGUCAAUGACGAGCAUGGGGAUCCCCACUAGAAUUUUUUACGGAGGAUCAAAAAUAACCUCCAUUCCCAUAUCCGCAGGGAAUGAUAGCUUGAAUGAGCCUCAAAAUAACAAUACGAUUAUCGUUUGCUACGACUAUGAGAAAGGAGUUGCGCAGGCAUGUAAACAACAAAAAUCGCAUUCUAACAAUCUUGCGAACAAUCGGAGGGAAAAUGAAAUCGGAAAUAAUAAGGCCAAAAGAAUGAGAUCUGCUUCACCUCAAAAUAAAUCAUCAAGCACAAAUAUUCAGAUACUCACAAAUACUCACAACUCAGGCUCAGGCAAGCUAACAGAAACAAAGCUAGUGAGCUACAGCACAGAGGAGAGGAGACUGGAAUCUGGAGAGGAGGCUGAAGUCUGGAGAGGAGGAAUCGCAGAGCAGGUUUGCAAAUCUCAUAAAUUUGAAAAAAGGAAGUAGUUAAUUAAGAUGAAGUGGGAGAAAAGAAAUCCGAUGUUCUUCGGCAAGUAUAUUUGACAAACAAGAUAAGGGAACAAGAAGAAAAUAGAAUACCUCGGGCCAAAUUUGGACAGUUUGAAGGCUAUCACUUUCUGAAGAACUGAUACAGAGACCUAUUUUGCCUAGCAAUUAAAGAUAAAAAUGAAAA